GGUACGAAAGCUUAACGUUUGCUCUUAUUGGUCGAGUGUCGACAACUUUAACCAGGUGAGGAAGCGGAUGAGUCAAAACUUGGAGAGUGACUCGGAGGCACUCUAUAGGUAAGUGGCAGUCAACAUGGCAACGAGGAGAUGGAUUGUCGGCAUCGCGCUUUACGUGGUGAGUGUAAACUGUCUCGAAAUGCAAAGAACGUGCGAGCCGAUAUGGAUAGAAACAUGUAAAGAUAUCGGUUACAACGUAACGGGGAUGCCUAAUUUAGUCGGACACGACCUACAACAAGAUGCCCAACUACAGCUGCAAACGUUUCGUCCUCUGAUACAAUACGGCUGUUCUUCCAGGUUAAAAUUCUUUUUGUGUUCUGUGUACGUCCCGAUGUGUACAGAGAAAGUGGCACAACCCAUCGGACCGUGUCGGUCGUUGUGUAAAGCAGUUAAAUCGAGAUGUCAACCUGUCUUACAGGAAUUCGGAUUUCCUUGGCCGUCCGGAUUGUCGUGUAACAACUUCCCACCCGAAAAUAAUGAGAAGCAUAUGUGUAUGGAAGGUCCGGAACCUGACGAAUUAGAGAAGGAGCCUUAUGUGGGUCGAACUAAAGAAACUAAAGUGUCAACAAUUGAGCGUAAAAAUGCCAACAAGAGACAUUUCGGUUUAUGCAAUGGUUACAGGAAAUCGGAUGUAUUCUAUUACGUUAAUCGUACGAGUCAAUGUUCUCAACUCUGCACAGCCGAUGUCCUGUUUAACCAAGAAGAUAAGAAUUUCGUAGAAAUUUGGAUAACUGUUUGGGCCGUGUUUUGUUUCAUUUCAACUCUCUUCACAGCCAUCACCUUUGUGGUUGAUAGAUGCAGCUAUAAAUAUCCUGAAUUCGCCAUCAUCAUCUUGAGUAUUACGUAUAAUGUUUAUAGCAUUGCGUACAUUAUACGGAUUAAUUUAGGUAGGACUGCCGUGGCCUGUAGUAGAGACAGUCAACACAAUGUUACCUUGCUAACUGUAGAGAGUUUAGACAAUAUAUACUGCACCAUCGUUUUUAUGCUGCUUUAUUACUUCGGCAUGGCUAGUAUGAUAUGGUGGGUCAUAUUAACUAUCACAUGGUAUCUUUCAGAAGGCCUUGGUUGGACUCAGGAUAAAAUUCAGCAAUAUUACACAUUCUUCCACUUGGCAGCGUGGUUUCUGCCAGCUGCUAAAACUAUUGCCAUAUUGGUGCUGCGUCUAGUAGAUGCUGACGAACUUACAGGCAUAUGCUAUGUUGGAAAUAGAAACAAUCAAGCACUGUUAGGCUUUGUUAUCGCUCCUAAUCUUAUAUAUCUCUUCAUUGGUACUAUGUUUCUAAUUGCGGGUGUCAUCGUCAUUUAUAGGAUGAAAAGGGUGCCGAACCAGUCGUUCAACAAGAGGAAGAAGCUCAAGAUACGUAUAGGUAUAUUUGCUCUGUUAUACAUCAUCCCGGCCUCUUGUGUGUUAGCAGCAAAUUUAUACGAAUAUUCAUUAAGAGAUCAGUGGUUAACCGCUAAAACUCCUCUUAAACUUAAAUUUGAAGUGUUCACUCUUAAAAUAUUUAUGUCUUUCAUCAUCGGUAUCACUACCGGCUUGUGGAUAUGGUCGAGUAAAUCGCCAAUAUGCACAUGGAAUAAUAUGAAAAAAAGGUUUAAAUUUCAAAAAUCUUCAAAUUCCCAAUUAGUAGCAAAUAAUAAGAUAUGUCAGAGAUAUCUAAUUAUUCAAGAGAAUUCCAAGAGGCAUCAAAGAAAGCCCGGUAAUGAAACCGCAGUUUGAACUAAUUACAGGGCACCAUUGACAUAUAAAAAAGAAAGGAAAAGAAGACUAUCGACAAACAAUACCAAUCUGUAAAAGAUUGACAGACGUUUUAUAUGUAAAUAUUUGUAAAUACUGUAUUUUGUAUAUUAAUAUUGUUUAAAUCGAGUUUGUUAAAUAGCUUUUUUUAUGUUGAUGAAUCGACUAUGUUUAUUGUUCCGAUUUUAUAA